GUGGGCUGGCCUCCCGACUCCGGGAGAUUCACCGAGCAAGCGGCUUUCCUCACGGGAUGGAAAGCUGAGUGCGCUGCGACCACCGGCGCAGGCUCCCACCCUGCCGCGCAGCGCACCGAGCUGUGUUUGAGCCCGGGGGCAGGCACAAAGGAUUCCAGUUCCCUGCGGCUGCUGCAAAGCACACGUAUGGUGGUGACCAGCGUUGCUCGGUUCCCCGCACUACAAUGGUAGAUGGAGUGAUGAUUCUUCCUGUGCUGAUCAUGAUGGCCUUUCCCUCUCCAAGCUGGCAGGAUGAACCCUAUGAAUGUGUGUGUGAAGGCAUGUCCUGUGGGAAUGGAGAUCGAUGCCAAGGGCAGCAAUGUUUUGCUUCCCUGAGCAUUAAUGAUGGUGCUAAGGUUUACCAGAAAGGCUGCUUCCAAGUCUAUGAACAAGGGAAAAUGACGUGCAAAACACCACCAUCUCCUGACCAAGCUGUGGAGUGCUGCCAAGGAUACCUGUGCAACAUGAAUAUCACUGCACAGUUGCCUUCUUCUAAAGGGCAAACUUUUCAAGGUGAAGCUGCAGGUUACAGCAUGGAAACACUAAUCAUCGUUAUACUGGCUCCUGUGAUAGUGUUGAUAGUUUUUUCGGCAGUAGCUGUGCUGGUCUUCCGGAGAAUACAGAAAAACCAUAUGGAGAGGCUCAAUUCUAGGGAUGCAGAAUAUGGCACAAUUGAGGGACUCAUUGCAUCAAAUGUUGGAGACAGCACAUUAGCAGAUUUGUUGGAUCAUUCCUGCACAUCUGGAAGUGGUUCUGGACUUCCUUUCUUGGUGCAAAGAACGGUGGCUCGCCAGAUCACACUCGUAGAGUGUGUAGGUAAGGGCCGUUAUGGAGAAGUUUGGAGGGGUCAGUGGCAAGGAGAAAAUGUUGCUGUGAAGAUCUUCUCUUCUAGGGAUGAAAAAUCCUGGUUCAGGGAAACUGAAUUGUACAACACUGUAUUGCUGCGGCAUGAAAAUAUUUUAGGUUUCAUUGCAUCCGAUAUGACUUCCAGAAACUCUAGUACCCAGUUGUGGCUAAUUACCCACUACCAUGAAAUGGGGUCUCUGUAUGACUACCUGCAGCUCACUACCCUGGACACUGUCAGCUGCCUGCGUAUAGUACUGUCCAUAGCUAGUGGUCUUGCACAUUUGCACAUAGAGAUAUUUGGAACCCAGGGGAAGCCUGCCAUUUCUCACCGGGACUUGAAGAGCAAAAAUAUCCUCGUUAAGAAAAAUGGACAGUGCUGCAUAGCAGAUUUAGGCCUUGCAGUUAUGCACUCCCAAAGCACGAAUCAGUUGGAUGUGGGGAACAAUCCCCGUGUGGGUACCAAACGCUACAUGGCUCCAGAAGUCUUGGAUGAAACUAUCCAGGCAGACUGCUUUGACUCAUAUAAAAGGGUUGAUAUCUGGGCUUUUGGGCUAGUUCUUUGGGAAGUAGCUAGACGCAUGGUUAGCAAUGGUAUUGUGGAAGACUACAAACCACCAUUUUAUGACUUGGUUCCAAAUGAUCCCAGUUUUGAAGACAUGAGAAAAGUGGUCUGUGUAGAUCAGCAAAGGCCGAACAUUCCCAACAGAUGGUUCUCAGACCCUACAUUAACAUCUCUUGCCAAGUUGAUGAAAGAAUGCUGGUAUCAAAAUCCAUCAGCGAGACUAACAGCCCUGCGAAUCAAAAAGACUUUGACCAAAAUUGAUAAUUCCUUAGAUAAACUGAAAGCUGACUGUUGACCUUCUUCUCGUGGUGCUCUCCUGAUAGGAAGGCGUUUGUCUGGUUCAGAAGUAGUCUGGACAGACAGUUUAUACGAUUGGUCCCCAUGUGGCUACUUAUAGAGGCAGAAGUUCUUACCAAGCCAUCUGUGUGGGAGAUAUCGGAACCAUAUGGACUUUGCUCAGUGACUGCAAUGGGCAUUUCACAAAUGGUCAAGCUAUAAGGACUCACGCUGGAUGUACUGUUGCAAAGGUAGUGGCCUGAAGGAAGACAGAGAAAUCCUAAGACAAGAUCAGGGCAUUAAAUAAUGGCUUUGAACAGCUCUUUUCUUUUUUUUCUUUUUUUUUUCCUUUUUUUCUUUUUUUUUAUUUUUUUACUUUUAAUUCUCCUAAUCACUCCCAGGGCAAACACAUGGAAGUGGUAAAUUUUAAUCAGCAAUAUUGCCUGUGCUUCUCUUCUUUAUUGCACUAGGAAUUCUUUGCAUUCCUUACUUGCACUGUCACUGUUAAUUUUAAUGACAUGACUUGCCAAAAAUAUGAUUGGCUGUACACUACAUUGAUCGAUGCCUGAAUAAUAGGAAAUGAAUUUGGUAAACUGAAAAUGUAACUGUCAGAUUUUAGCUGCAUUUUACAUGUGUACUGAUGUUUACAAUAAUGCUGAACAUUAGGAAUUUCUCGUUUAUACAAAACUUGCAAAUUAUUUAUUACUAGUGCACUUGCCAGUUUUUUUAAACUGUAAAAUAAGUGCAUAAAGUUAAAGCUUAUUUUUAUGUGGCCUCUUUCAUGAUUUCUUACACAGAUGUUUUUGUAACACAGUAUAACCUGAAACAUAAAUUGUUUUCUGUAUUAUCAUAUUACAACUUGAUAGUCACAUUUUAAGUGCUUCACAUUUGUAGGUGUGUGGUCUGUAACAUAUUUUCAGUUCAAAUACGGAACAUAUAUAUAGCCAUUACCCACAUGAUGUUGUGUCUAGUAUCUUACUGAUCUAGAAAAGGAAAGCUAUGGAGGAAUUAACUAGAAUUUUAGGUCAUGGAUGCUGUGGGGAAAAUGCAUUUUAUUUCUUCUAAGCUAUAUAAUAUGCAUUUAAACUCUGCCAGAAAAAUAACUAUUUUGUUUUAACCUACUUUUUCUAUUUAGUAGUUAUUUGUAUAAAUUAAAUAGAAUGUUUUCAAGUCAAACAAAAGUGUUUUAGUUCUCUUACUGCUUGUCAGUAACAAGGGUGUACUAAUGCAGCAGUGGGUAUUGCCAGUCAUGUGCUUGCAGGUGAAUAGAGCCUGGUCGAAGUCAAUAUCAGGUGGAACACUGAGGGACUGAAGCUGUUAACAAUUGUUUGUCUAGGUGUGUUUUUCCUGUCCUGAACUGGAUCCCAAAAUAGUACAGCAGGGAGCUGGUGUACUCUCCUUAGAUGUGACAUCACCCAUGUUCAUACAAACCUCCCAGAGCAUGCCUUGCAGGAGGUGGAAUGCCAUCUCCUAGCCUUAUGGGGAAGAGCUGAGCUUUGUGCAGAGAGAACUGUUUUCUCUGCCCAUACCUCUUGGUAACUCUUUAUUUGUUACGCCAAGUGGAAGAGUAACUAGGAAGUGACGGUGCCCUUUCAUCUUUCAUAAUGAACUUUUUUCAUGGGCUUGAUAUCUUCCAAGUAAUCUAAGGACCUGAAUAGUAAUCAGAUUCAGAGACACUUUCUCUCUGGGUUAAAUUUGUCUGAGGUUCCCUUCUGUGCUGUAAGUCCACCAGGUUGUGCUCUCCUGUUUCUCUACAACUCUUCCUUCUCAGCCCAGGCUUCCUUGCCUGACUCCAGCCACGUGGCAUACCUUUCUUUUUUCUGCAUUUCCAGUGUAGAAGUGGCAGCCAGGUUUGCAGGGCAUGUUCUGCAUGAGGUUAAGAGGCAGCAUGGUCCAGUCACUCUUCAAAGCAGACUGAAUUGAUACCAGUUGCUGGGUCUCUUAAUUAUACUUGAAGAGAAUCUGAGCAGAUGCAGUGCUGAAAAAAAUUAAGAAAAGCAGGAUCUGAUUAGUUGUUAGGUUUUAGUAGGAAGUUAAAGGCUCUGUUGCCUGAAUGCAUUCUAGUUUGCUUUAAACUGAUUUGUGUAUGUGAUGCACUGAGCUAACUGUUCAGUAGCUGCAGCCCAGGGGGGACAGUGUUUCAGCACCAACAUGGGCAAAUCAGUCUGUUGGAGUAAAGAUGCUGUAUCAGUGGAAGUAACUAGAGACAGUUACAGCUGCAAAUAAGUAUCUGUAUUGGUGACAAUUUUUUGAUAUAGAGCAUUGCUGAAGUUCUAGGUGCCUGGAGUGCAUGUGUAUGUAUUUCUUUCACCGUAUUUGCAUGAUGGAACCGGCAUCAGUUUUUAACACAAAAGGGGAGUGAGGCAACCUCCUGCAGGGGUUCCAGGCUGCUGCAGCGCUCAGAAGUGAGGACAGCUGGGUGGGGGUGUCUGGACAGUGGAGGGAGAGACAGGAGGUGGCUCCAGCAACAGAUGGGGACAGAGCCAGAGGUGGAAGUUCAGUGUGCAGUGAUUUUUUGAAGUGGAUGGUGAGGUUUUUUUUUUUACUUGGAGUUUUCACAUCUGCAGCAUUUUCCAGCACCAGCUAGUGAAGGAGAGACACAAUUUGUCAUGCUGAUGAUUAACAAUUCUGGCCAUGUUGGCUGAAUUUGCAGUGCCUUUCUCUAAUGCUAAGGUACUGAGUCACAGCGUCUGACUAGAUAUUAGGGAAGAUGGUCAUGUUAAAUACUUGAUCUAUCUCCUCUCUCUGUUGUAGCAUCUUCUGAAAAGUAGAAGGACAUGACUUCAGGUUGGAAACAGCUCUGUAUACUCCAUAGCAGUUUACUGUGCCCCAUCUUUAAAUCCCUCCAGCGAUGGUGACCACCGCUUCCUCUGGGCAGCCUGCUCCAGUGCUUGCCAACUCUUUCAAUGAAGCCAUUUUUCCUCAGAUCAAAUCUAAACCUCCCCUGGUGCAACCUGAAGCUGUUUGCUCUCGUCCUGACACUUGUCACUUGGGAGAAGAGACUGACGCCCACCUCUGUAUGGCUUCCUUUCAGGUAGUUGUAGAGAGGCUUAACAAACCCAGUUCCUUCAGCUGCUCCUCGUGAUACUUGUGCUCGAGACCCUUCAUCACCUUUGUUGCCCUUCACUGGGCAUGCAAGGGAAAACCAACUGCAGGAUGAAAACACAAACCAUAAGAGCACUCCAUAAUAUCCCAUUUAUCCCCUGUUAGGUGAAGAAGAUUAAAGAAGCAAGUCAUUGGCAGGGUAAAAAAUUAUGUCUAUCAAUGUGCUAGACAAGGUCACUUUCAUUGGUGCAGCUGCUGCUUCCUUUUGUGUAUCAAAACACGCAGAGAUUAUUUUAAAAACAAUUCAUAUUCAUACCCUGCUAAUGGAGUAUUUUUGGUCCCAGCUUUGACUGAACUAGUUGAACUGUUAACUAAAUUAUUUUUAAUUAGGUGACUGGCAAACUUGAGUCAAGCAAAUUGAGUGGAAAUAAUUAAGUAUUUUCUUAUCCCUGGAGUUAGGGGUAAGUCAUUCAGCACUUUGCUUUUCUAGUGUAUAUUUGCUACUGAGGAUAGUGGAGGUCUGUACUUUCAGAAAUCAGAAAUGACAGUGUUGUAAAUAGUCCUUUGGGAACUAGAUGGUGGUAUGCCUGGGAGCAGAGAAGGAAAAGAUGAGUGACAGCCACUGAAGGAUUGAUUAUGUGUGGUCUGUGUUAUUUAACCUCAUUUUUGGGUGUCUGGACAGUCAGGAGAAAUUGGUUGCUGCUUUUCCCUUCAAGGCCUGAAGGUUUUGGCAGUGUGUAUGUGGGAGUCUCCAAGUGAUGUAUAUGAAGGUAAUACCUCCAUCCCUCAUGCUGUUUUUCUAGCAUGUUUAUUAAUCAAUGUUCCUCUAAUACUCCCAUAAAAUCUAAUCUUCUAAAGAGAUUUGGAAUGCUUAUAUAUAAUAUGCUGCAUUAACGCUGCAUUUAUUACUAUGGAGAUGGCACAAGCAGUUCCGUAGUUGAAUUAUUCAUGUAUGGCAGAUUUGCACUGUACACAGCCAGUAUGGAUCUGGGGUGCUGUCAUUCGAACAGUGCCUGGCCAUAUAUCAGAGCCCUAUGAAGAGGAGGCAUGAGUAACAGUGCUUGAUUCAGCUUUCCUGUUGAUAGUUAUGACUGCCUGCCAGUUACAGGAGGAAGGCUGGGAAAAAAAACAGAGGUACUAUAGAUGGAGGGGGGACAGGGAGCUUGUUGCUUUUUGUCUAGAUUUCUUUUCUCAUGUGCAGGAGGCUUGUUGCUUACUGGUUAGGAAUACAUUGCACUUUGAGAAGUGUCUGGGGACGGCUGGCUAAAGCAGCCCAAGGCCAGCAACUCAAGUUAGUGUUGUGGUAGUGAAGUCACUGGAGGCUUCCUCCCACUUGUCUGUAACUUUCGUCGUGAGCCUCUGUGCUGGAAUUGUCCAUGAAAAGUCUAUAUUGGGCUUCUAGAAUUUUGUACUUACCUGGAUUAAACUGUUUUGGUAAGGAGGGACAAGGAGGAAUUCUCUUCCUGCAGGGUGAAAUGGCAGCUGUGCAGAAAGAUCAACCUUGGCUUAGUGGUUGGCAGAGGAGAAGGGAAACAACAAUUUACAGGUGCUGUGCCAUUUAUAGAGAAGUUAAUUCUUUCUCAAACACUGAAUACAAUUUUUUUUUUUUUUUUAUGUUUUAAAGCUAAAAUGCAUGUGGGAAAAGCAAGCAUUUUGUCAGCUGUAGAGCUAAUGGUCUGCCGUGACCGGUAUGCUCACCUGGGAAUAGCACGUUUGCUUUAUUCCCAGUUGGAAGGAAGAAAAACCCACCAUGCUUCUAGUGCCUGAACCAAAAAACUGUGCCGUGACACAGGCCAAAGCACGCCAGGGAAAGCAACGCACAGCCGUACAUGGUUUACAUCAGACUCUGCUCAUCAUGGUGGAAGAGGGGCUGCAAGAGGGACCUCCGGAAAACGUGGAGGAGAAGCUGGAAUGCUCUCUGUGGAAAGUGCACUUUCUCUCUGGUUACGGACUCAUCUUGUUAAAAGAGCUGUGUGAAGUCUGCAAAAGGGAUCUUCCAAUGGGUGUGGGACAUCUGCUCACUGGGUCAACAUGUUCUGUGCCAGCCAGACUGCUCAGAGGUCGAGGAGCAUGGUCCUUGUGGGGAUGGUGGCCUGCAAAAUGAUACACCAAAGUGCCUGCCAGCUAUCAGCCUUGGGAGACUCAAUUAUUUGGGAUAUUUUUGUUGGUGGUGCUUUUUUGUUGGUUUGGUUUUGGGUUUUGUGUUUUUUUUUUUUUUUGUUUUUUCUUUAAAGGUGUCCCCCUUUCCGCCACGGUCGUUGCCAUGUCUUGCUGUGUGUGCAGUGGCGUUUGUCCCAGCAACAUGUCUAAAUCGGGGGGUGUAGCCCUGGCACAGCAGCAUGUCCUGUUUUCCAGUCUGGUGUAGCUCCUCAAGGACUUUCUUUAUACUUACAGAUCUAAUAAAUAUCUCUGCUUGUUCUUGA